ACUCUCCACACUCUCCAAAAAAACAAAUGCAAAGCAACAAUACAAACACACGCAUAGCCAAUUUAAGCAGCCGUAAUAUAUAUGGAUUGUCAUAUAAUAGAGAGCGUUCAGGCGACACAGACACAGUAUACACAUAUGCGUGAAAAACUAGCUGGCAACAACGAUAGUUGACUAGAGAUAGAUCCAAAUGUCAAGUAAAACUAUCAAAACGCUGCGAAUAGAAUUAAUAAAUUGAGUGCAAGUAUUUAACGCAAAACCAUGGCCGCUUCGCUUAUCUGUGUGGAUAUAAGCUCGGAAUCGGAGGAUGAGUGUCCACCUGGUGCCAAGCGACGACGCCUGGAUAAGCCCCGCAAUGGGACCGCUAAACAGAGCCUGCCGGAAAAGCUGAUGAACAUACCAAAAGCAGCCGUGUCGGGCGGCAGCGGAGUCAGACUGGGAGCACUUAGUGGAGGAGCAGGAACAGCAUCCAAUCCAGCCGAAUUGCAGCCGCUCAAAUCUAUGCACAUACCCAGUGGCAUAACAAUCACAAAGCACGGCAAAAACGCCGCCGCCGCCAGCAGCAAUGGCAUGGUUAUCACUUCGAUUGCUUCCAUGCAUGAAUAUAACAACAACAGCAACAACUUUAACAACAACAACAACAAUAGUAAUAGUAAUAAUAAUAAUAAUAGCAAGCAUAAGCCACAGAGAACGCCAAUGGCUCAGAAAACAGCCUAUCCGUCGAACAGCAAGGCACUCGGACAGAGCAUUAUGAUAACCAGUGUAUCGUCGCCCAGUCAUCAGGCGAAGCCAACGUUGCCCACUCUGCCGGUUAAGCUGGCGCCCGCGCGUCAGCACGUGAAGCUGACAACCGCCCAACAGGUGAAGCUGACGCCGGUUCAACCAGUAAAGACGCCGCCGACGACGGCGACGACGACGACGAUGACUAUGCCGAAUCUUCAGGCGAAGCCAGUGCUCGGCUACCAGGCGAAGGCGUUGCCCACUCUUCAGGUGAAGACGAUGCCAACAACAGCGACAAACCAGGCAAAGCCGACGCCCAAUUUCCAGGUGCAGCAGACUUCUGUUUACCGCAUGAAGGGUGCACCUCUUCCCACCGGCUACCAGAUGAUGGCUAUGCCCACAAACCAGCCCAAACUGACGCCCACAAGCCAGUUGAAGCCGAUGCCCAGUAAUCAAAUAACAGUUUCGGCAGUGGCCCCCAAGCUUGUGUCCCCCCAACAGCAACAGCUGCCACUGGCGGCUGGGCCAGCAAAGAAUCAACUCAAUGCCGCUGCCAGUCUCCAGGAGAAGACCACGGCCCGGCUGAGUUUGCCAACUCAAAAGAUGACCGCAGUACAAAUUCAACAACACUUGCAGCAGCAGCAACAG